GAUGCUAUUGAAAAUGAAAUUACUCAAUUUCAUGUAUGUAUAGAACAUAUCAUUAUGUUUUUGUAUCAUUUUUCUGCAUUGUCUGAUCUGCAGUUAGCUUAUUAGGCACAUUUGAAGCAGUACUCAUUGUAGGACUAAUUAUUCUCCACUAUUCAGGCACGGUUUUCCUGAUUUGUACUCAGCACCAUGCGAGUGAAAUAAGUUUUUUAAGCAUGGAUGGUGGAAACCUGUAUAGGCUUAGAGUGACAUCUGGCCAGAUGUGCAUACUGUUGGGAUGUUUUUCCCCUGGUUUUCGAUAAUUACCUCACAUUCAUGUGCUUAUCAGUACCCUGCUGAAUUCUUGAAGUGGGUCUUCUGCAGAUCUCUGGACUCCUUAUCUCUUCUCUCUCCAUUUCUCUGUUCUGCCUUGGUCUCCAUUGGCUCUCACUUUCAUGUCAGUUCAGGAAGUUGUCCUCCAGGUUUUGCCUGGAUUCUUCCUACCAGUGGAGAAGCCUGGAAUCUGUAUCACGCAGUAAACUUGGAUAAUAGUACAACUGAGCCUCUCUCUCCUGAUUUUCAGGGAUCUCUGUCCUUCAUCGCCUGGCAUCCAGUGUGUCUUGCUUGUCUAAAGCAGGGGGGUAAUUUUUAUUGCUGUAUUUUGGCCUGAAGGAGAAAUGCCUCUCUUUAUUUGUUAAUAUUGUGUAUCUUAUUUCACUCACCCGGUCUUUCUAGAAAUUUUUUUAGAAUUCAUGAAUAUUAUUAUAAUGUUCUAAGGAAUGUGAUAUGCUUUUAUUGACUAUGACUAAUUAAUUCUCAUGAUAGCUUUGAAGUAGGUGAUAGAGCAGUGCAUGAUUUAAUGGUGAGAAACAUGAGUGCAUGGAGUUAAAUUGAUUUGCUGAAAGUGACCAGGCUGACUGAACAAUAGAGCUGGGACUUUCCUCAGCUCUGUUCUCAAACCUAAUUUUUAUUUGAUGACAGCUCAAUUCCUUCUGUUGCCUAUAUAGUCAGUUUUGUUUUUUGCAUUCAACAGCAGAGGAAGGAAAAAGACUCCUGAGUUAUCUGAGCAUUGUUUUUUGUUGUCAUUUGUGUGCUGUCACAGAGUUAGGCAUUGUCAUGUAGUUACUCCAUGCCUAAAUAGCUCUACUGCUCUACAUUGUCUAUUGUUAAAUUAGGUCAAGCCACGAGGAGAUCUGAAGAAAACCUGAAAAUUCUCUACAAGGCUUUGGCCGACCGAGUGUGUACCAUGCUGCUAUUGUCAUCUUCCUUGAAUUCUUUGCGUGGGGCCUGUUGACAACUCCAAUGUUGACUGUUCUACAUGAAACAUUUCUUCAACAUACAUUCCUCAUGAAUGGUCUCAUUCAAGGUGUAAAGGGCCUGCUCUCUUUUUUGAGUGCCCCACUCAUAGGUGCCCUGUCUGAUGUGUGGGGGAGGAAGCCCUUUCUCCUCGGCACUGUAUUCUUUACCUGCUUCCCAAUCCCACUGAUGAGGAUCAGCCCAUGGUGGUAUUUUGCAAUGAUUUCUGUGUCUGGAGUCUUCUCGGUCACGUUCUCUGUUAUAUUUGCCUAUGUAGCUGAUGUCACUCAGGAGCACGAGCGAAGUACAGCUUAUGGAUGGGUCUCAGCCACCUUUGCGGCUAGUCUUGUCAGCAGCCCAGCCAUUGGAGCAUAUCUUUCUGCCAGUUAUGGAGACAGCCUCGUUGUGCUGGUGGCCACAGUGGUGGCUCUUCUGGACAUCUGCUUCAUCUUAGUGGCUGUUCCAGAAUCUCUGCCUGAGAAAAUGAGACCAGUUUCCUGGGGAGCUCAGAUUUCUUGGAAACAAGCAGAUCCUUUUGCGUCGUUGAAGAAAGUUGGAAAAGAUUCUACUGUCUUACUAAUAUGCAUCACCGUGUUUCUUUCAUACCUUCCUGAAGCUGGACAGUAUUCAAGUUUUUUUCUCUAUCUCAGGCAGGUCAUAGGUUUUGGAUCUGUUAAAAUUGCAGCAUUCAUAGCUAUGGUAGGAAUUCUGUCUAUUGUGGCUCAGACAGUCUUUCUUAGCAUCUUGAUGAGAUCAUUAGGAAAUAAGAAUACUGUCCUCCUUGGCUUAGGCUUCCAGAUGCUCCAGUUAGCCUGGUACGGUUUUGGAUCACAGGCCUGGAUGAUGUGGGCAGCAGGGACUGUGGCUGCCAUGUCUAGCAUCACGUUUCCGGCAAUCAGUGCCCUCGUCUCUCGGAAUGCAGAGUCAGAUCAGCAAGGAGUUGCCCAGGGGAUCAUAACUGGAAUAAGAGGACUAUGCAAUGGCCUGGGGCCAGCACUGUAUGGCUUCAUAUUCUACAUGUUCCAUGUGGAACUGACUGAGUUGGGCCCGAAAUUGAAUUCUAACAAUGUUCCACUGCAGGGAGCUGUCAUCCCAGGCCCGCCGUUUUUAUUUGGGGCAUGUAUCGUUCUUAUGUCUUUUCUGGUUGCCUUAUUCAUUCCUGAAUACAGUAAAGCCAGUGGAGUUCAAAAACACAGUAACGGCGGCAGCCUGACCAACACCCCAGAACGGGUCAGUGAUGAGGACAUUGAGCCACUGCUGCAAGACAGCAGCAUCUGGGAACUCUCUUCAUUUGAGGAGCCUGGGAAUCAGUGCACCGAGCUAUAAACUCGGCAGAAAGUGGGAUUCUGCAUAUGCCAUCUCUGAGAACCAUGGAGGGAGCCACACCACCUGGUGACUUCAUGGUGCUGGAUGGGAGAUGCCAGUGGCAUCCUUCAGGGCCAAGUUUGAUAAAUACCAUGUCCAUGUUCUGCUCUUCUUCCUCCAGUUUGUUUUGCUUUGUUUUUCCCUCUUACAUUCUUUUUCCGCACCGCCCCCCCGCCCCGUCUGUACAUUAGAAUAAGGUAAGAUUUGAAAUACUUCCCUGCAAAUAAUGUGCAACCUCAAAUAGAAAAAGUCAUCUCUCUGGUAGAAAGGCUGGCUUUCCUGUAAUGACUGUGGAGUAAGAGUGACAGCAAUCUUUCUAUGCCCUUUUCAGCCGAAGGUGCAGAACUAUAAUGAGUCUGCCAUCUCUGGCAAGAUUUCAGGUAAAGAAUUCCUUCUUAAUUUCUACCUAUCAUCUGUUUCUCUGAAUCAAGCCCAUAUGUAUUGACGAGUGGCCAAUCUGAAGAGUCACUCAGUAUCAGGGAUCUAUUGUCUUUGUUCAAAGUUCAAAUAAAAACCUAGUCUCCUUUUAUUCUACUUCCUAUUCUUGUCUAGAAUGAAACUCAGUAUAUAUAUAUACUUCUGGACAUGAAUAAUAUUGAAUAAUAAUACCUUUACUAGAUGAAAGAAAUUUUUGUUACACACUUAAAUCAUGUAAAACUCACAACUCAAGAUUCCUGAACCUGGUGUCCUGGUUAGGUCCAAGGUGAUUUUACAGAGAAAAAAAAAAAAAAAAAACUCAAGCAUUCUGGUGGCAACAUAGGAAUUGUAGGCUGCUUCUAAGAAAGUUUUUAACAAUUUGGAAAUUCCUAAAUGAAGAUGAGAGUAACUGGAUACAAGUGAAGUUUAUAUCCAGGUUCAGACUAGGGCAUUAUUAUAAGUCAUUAUUACUUCUUCCCAUGUCUUCCAGUCCUGCUUCCCAAAGUUUUUCUCAUCCAUCACACUCCUGCCUUAACUGCUCUGUAGUGUGUAUUUGUUUUCAAUUCAUCUUUAUUUCAAUCCAUUUGUCUGACUUUUGAAUCGCAUGGGAAUACGCACAUUAAGUUCCUUUCUAAAAUAUGGUUUUAUGAAGCUGAGUUUCACGAUAAGUGUCUUGCUAAUUUUUGAGAUGUUUUAUGGAUAAAGAAAACUUUACAGAUUUAUAUGUAUUCUGCUGCACCAGUAAAUGGACCAUUAACUAGGGCCCACCUUUAACAGCACUCCUUUGAAAGUUUUAUAGGUAUGAAAUAUAUGUAGAUAUUUGUAAAGGGUUUUAAUUUUUUUUGAUGGGGUGCUGUGUAAAUCUUGUAUUUAUAAAUGUAAUGAAGGUAUUGACAGAAAAAAUAUAUAUACAACUUUUAUAAAGGAUUGUACUGACUGAAUACAUUUAAAAGAAAAUAUAUUUUGAAACCUAUUAUGAACAGAGAUAACAUCUUUUUAUGAUGCUAUUGGUUUUUAGGUUAAGCUUCCUAAUGCAUAAUAAAUUUACAGUGGAUACUUUUA